GAUGAUUUUCCCAGUUUUUGAAGUGCAUUUGUGGCGCUAAUGCUUCUAUAUGUUUUUUGGAAUGACACAUAAUUGAAAAAUAGUCCAUCCUCUUAGAUAUGUAUGCAGGAAUGGGAACCAGAUGACUUAACAUACAGUAAUGGUUUAGAAGUAUUUUAUAGAGAUUGCUGUUAUUCUUUCCAACUGCCUCAGCUGUCUGGCCUCUUUGACAUUUCCAGGCCGGUGUUUGGACCACUGCUACAUGUCCACACGCUGAGGCAUAUAAUAAACUGCAUGUGGUCCUUGACAGACGAUUAGCAUGGAGCUGUGUGUGCAGCGGCGAGAGAGAGACAGAGGGAGAGAGAAAGGGAGAGAGAGACUGUUUCUCCAAAAUGGAUGCCACACACAUACACUGAUUGCGACUAGUGCCGUGUGUGGGGGGGAGAUCUGAUCUUCUCUUUGUCAAGCUUUUAGCUCUAAAGCUAAUGCAUCUAUUCAAAAGGUUCACAGCUUGUGGAUGUCUGUGUAAGGUUUCAAGGGGAAAUUCUGUGGCUACGGUAAGCAUCAGUCCUCUCUGCAUUGCAGCAGUAUGGUUGAGGAAAGCGAGGAGCAGAGAGCCUGUGUUGCACACCGAGCACAGCACCCAAUCAGGUACCUCCAUCUCGUACCUAAGCCAAUCGGCAGCUUGCAGCUGAGGUUAAAGAUUGACAAUUGCAGGAGAGAACAGCAGGAAGAGAAGGCCUUCUGGGAAACCUGGACCUAUCUUUUUUCCCCUCAUCCCCCGGCGUUCUCAAUUAUUGAUAAAGAGAAAACAAUAGGCCGAAGAUUCUUUGAGUAAGAGAGGAAAAAAGUGUUACAGAGGAGGAGGGAAAGACAGAAAAACAUCCCGAAGCAGGAGGAAUGGAGAUCUCUACCAGAUCAAAAGAUGCAGGAUCAACAGAGAGGAUGGCCCAGAAGAGAAAGAUCCCCAGUCCUUCAGACUCGUCCAAUGACCACUCUCCUACUGAGACCUCCCCCUGUCCAGCAAAAAAGAAGAAAAAGCCAGGAGCUGUUAGCGGCUGCAAAGACCAGUCUGAGCUAAAACACGGCCCCUUUUACUACGCCAAGCAACCAGCGCUCACCACAGACCCUGUUGAUGCUGUACCGCAGGAUGGCAGGAACGACUUUUACUGCUGGCUGUGCCACCGAGAGGGCCAGGUGCUGUGCUGUGAGCUCUGCCCCAGAGUGUACCACGCCAAGUGUCUCAAACUGCCAGCUGAGCCCGAGGGUGACUGGUUCUGUCCAGAAUGUGAGAAAAUAACUGUUGCUGAGUGUAUAGAAACGCAGAGCAAGGCCAUGAUGAUGCUCACUACGGACCAACUUUCUUAUCUGCUUAAGUUCGCUCUGCAGAAGAUGAAGCAACCAGGUGAUCAUCCUCGCUUGUCAUCUCGCUCCCCACAUGCAGCUUCCUCGCAGAGAAAGACUUUUAAUUGGACUGAACCUUUCCAGAAACCAGUGUCUCUUGAACAACAUCCUGAUUAUGCAGAGUAUAUCUUUCAUCCAAUGGAUCUCUGCACACUUGAGAAGAAUAUCAAAAAGAAAAUGUACGGUUGCACAGAGGCUUUUUUGGCAGAUGUGAAAUGGAUCUUGCACAACUGCAUAAUCUACAACGGAGGCAAUCAUAAGCUCACAGCUACAGCUAAAGUGAUAGUGAAAAUCUGUGAACAUGAGAUGAAUGAGAUCGAAGUGUGUCCUGAGUGUUAUCUGUCCGCUUGCCAAAAGAGAGAAAAUUGGUUCUGUGAGCCGUGUAGCCACCCUCAUCCCCUUGUUUGGGCCAAAUUAAAGGGAUUUCCAUUCUGGCCUGCUAAAGCUUUGCGGGACAAAGACGGGCAGGUCGACGCUCGCUUCUUUGGUCAGCAUGAUAGGGCCUGGGUCCCUCUGAACAACUGCUACCUCAUGUCCAAAGAGAUUCCCUUUUCUGUAAAGAAGACCAAAAGCAUUUUCAACAGUGCCAUGCAGGAGAUGGAGGUCUACGUGGAGAACAUGAAAAAAAAGUUUGGCGUGUUCAAUUAUGCCCCCUUCAGGACACCGUACGCCCCUGACAAUAACUUUCAGCUGCUUCUUGAUCCAUCCAAUCCCUCAUCCGCUGCUGUAAAACAGGACAAAUUGGAGAAGAUUAAGUUGAGCAUUGAUAUGUCGGCAUCACCCAAGAUUACCCUGACCAGAGCCGUACUCCCUGGAGUAGGAGGGAGCAUAAGACGGCGCCCUGUAGGAGACGUGCAGCGCUCUCCUAUGAGCACCAACUCCUCUGCACAUGGUGGCUCUGAUGGAGAACAAGAAACAACAGAUAGGUGUCAGAACAAACCUGCCAACAAUCAGUCCAGUACAGGAGAAGAGUCCACAGACUGUACAGGAGGAUUGUUGGAUAGUCCAAAACCCCCCGUCUCUCAGACCACUGACACCCCCAAGCAGGACAAGACACCACCGACCGGAAGUAUUCUGAAUCUAAAUUUAGAUCGAAGUAAAGCAGAAAUGGAUCUAAAGGAGCUCAGUGAGACAGUUCAGCAGAAACAGGGAGCUGCUCCAGCCCUCACCUCUCCAAAAAGGCGGAUCAAAAGCCGCUUCCAACUAAACUUGGACAAGACCAUAGAGAGCUGCAAGGCACAGCUGGGCAUUGAUGAGAUCUCGGUGGAUGUUUACAAAGGUGUGGAGCAUAGUGACUCUGAAGACUCUGACAAGUCUGAGUCCAGCGAGAGUGAAUAUGUCUCAGAGGAAGAGUCAAAGACUAAGGCUGGCCAAGACUCGGUGCCUAAAAAGGAACCGCAGAAAGAGGCUGUCAAUAGCAAAGUGAAAGAGCAAGAAACUGUAAGCCAGGCAGAGAAAGGCAAAGCAGAUCGGCUUGUGUCAGAAACCAUAGAUGAUUCCAGUGUAACUGUACCUGAAGGCCCAGCUGAAGAGAAAAGAGACUCUGAUUUGGGAAAGAAGAACCCAGAUACGGCAGAUCCAGCUCCGGAAGCUUUUACACCCAAAGAAAAGUCCCAGGUAAAGCAAAAAGAGAGCAAACAGGCUGCGGCGGCUGAGGACUCGGACUCGGAGAAAGAGCUGGUUAUUGAUCUUGGAGAAGAACAGCCUGGAAAGGGGAAAAAGAGAAGCAGAAAAGACAGUGUUGUUCACAAAGAGUCAAAUGCUGGGAAAUCUGAAGGUAAAGCUUUGACCACACCAGUGCUCCCAUCACCAAACAUUACCUCGUGCAGUAUUUCAACUCAGUCUCUGAUGGCCAUCCCUGUUCCCAUGGUCACCUUCACUACUUCCUCUCCUGCAACAGUGAGCAACUCAUCCACCUCCAGCACCACCACAACAUCAUCAUCUUCCUCCACUGCCUCUGCCACACCGACUUUGAAGAAACAGCGCCCUCUAUUGCCCAGGGAGACAGUGCCUGUAGUCCAGAGAGCCGUUGUGUGGAGUCCUGCUGCAAAGUUUCAGACUUCCUCCCAGAAGUGGCACAUGCAGAAGGUGCAGCGUCAACAGCAAACCCAGCAGCUGGUGGUGGCCCCUCAGACACAGGCGUCCUCUCCCAGACAGAGCCGGGCUCAAGUCCUGACCCAGACCCAAGUAGCUGGGAAUGGCUCUGCAGCUGUUCCUUCAUCUUCAUCCUCAGCUCAGCAGUCCUCACAAAGCUCUCGCUAUCAAACCAGACAGGCGUCUAAGGCUGUCCACCAGAAAGACCCUCCCAUCAGCACAUCCACACCAGCUGGUACCCUGGUAUCAAGCAGUCCAGCUUCUGGUACCACGGUCGCCCCCUCAGUCUCGGGAACACCUGCGUCAUCGCCGGCUGGAACAGACCUGUAUAUCCCCACUGCUUCUGCAGAUGUGGCUGCGGACAUCGCAAAGUAUACAAAUAAAAUAAUGGAUGCAAUAAAAGGUACAAUGACUGAAAUUUAUAAUGACCUCUCUGAGAGUACGUCAGGGAAUACAAUAGGAGAGAUAAAACGGCUGAGAAUCGAAAUAGAAAAACUACAAUGGUUACAUCAGCAGGAGUUAUCUGAAAUGAAGCACAAUCUUGAACUGACCAUGGCAGAAAUGAGACAGAGUCUGGAGCAGGAAAGAGAAAGGCUGAUGAACGAAGUGAAGAAGCAGAUGGAGCAGGAUAAGCAGCAGGCUGUGGAUGAGACCAAGAAGAAACAGUGGUGUGCUAAUUGCAGGAAAGAGGCCAUCUUCUACUGCUGCUGGAACACCAGCUACUGUGAUUACCCGUGUCAGCAAGCCCACUGGCCAGAGCACAUGAAGUCCUGCACUCAGUCAGCAACUGCCCCACAACAGGAACCUGAGGCUGAGCCAACAGCAGACGUCCCAAACAAAGCUGCCGGCCAAACGAACAGUGGCCCCAAUCCCCUCAGAGAUGCCCCAGUGUCUGCCCCAUCAGAAAAAGACUGUGACACAGAGAAAAGUACUGAAAAUCCUGCUGUGACCUUGUCAUAACCCAGUGUGUAAAUGUAAACUAUUGUAUGUUUUAGUACUAUUACAGUACAUUGUGUUUGGUAUGUUCUUUGUGGGAUUCUGUUUCAAAAUAAGAAGUCAGUUCACUGUAAUUUUUGUUUCUUCUACUUUUCCAUGCUCAUAUAUUGUCCUCUGUGAACAAUGUGCCAUAGCAAUAGUGAGAUUAGAUAACAGUAAUCAUUAUAUAUGGACAGAUAAACAAUUCUUGCAUGCCCGUGGUACUGCGUGUUGCUUUAUACAUGUAGCCGUUAGUAUAAAUGGUCGAAAGCAUGAAUGGGUUUAUAAACACAUAAAUACACACAUUACUCAAAGAAAAAUAUUUAUACUGUUGUAAAAUACUACCUAUGCUAAUGGACCUUAAUGGAUCAUAAAUGAAGAUUAAGAGACUUUUGGCUGAGAUGCCGGUAAAAUACUUUUUUGCAUUCUUUUUUUUUUUCCAGUUAUUUGUUGUGUAAUUUAAAAGUAUAUAUAAAUACGUUUUAAAACUGAGUAUACUGGUAUAUAUUCAAUUAAUGUACGAUGUUCCUUGAUGCUUUUUUUAAUAGCAAUUCUACAUUCAAGUAGAAUGUCUCCAUAUAAUUUCGGUUC